AUCGAAGUGUCUAAAAUGCUCUACAGUGCUACGGAGAAACGGAAAUUAAUAAUAAAAUGCGUUUUAUCGGUGGUGUUGUUCAACCAAAUAGUGCACAUUCACGCGCACUCGAAUCCUCGUCUGGAUAAGGGAUACGGGAUAAGGGAUACAGAAUUUGCAAAAAAUGGGGAUAUAUCGCCCGAUGAAAACCCUGCAAAUCAGUGGGAUUCUAGGACUAAAUCAAAAGACACAACCAAUUCGCCAAACCACACUACCACAGUAGAUCCUGAUGAGAGCACCACUUCUCCGGCAAAGGAUACAACAACCGAGAAUGCUGACGAGAGCACCACAUCUCCGCCAGAGAAGACUACCAGCGAGGAUCCUGACGAGAGCACAACUUCUGCGCCAGACGAAACAACCGCAGAGGAUCCUGGCGAGAGCACCAGUUCUCCACCAAAGGAGACUACCACGGUGGAUCCUAUAGAGAGCACAACUUCUCCACCUGAGGAAUCUACCAUAGGGGAUCCUGAAGAGAGCACAACUUCUGCUCCAGACGAUACUACCACAGAGGAUCCUGACGAGAGCACCACUUCUGCUCCAGACGAAACUACCGCCGAGGAUCCUGACGAGAGCACCACUUCUGCUCCAGACGAAACUACCGCCGUGGAUCCUGACGAGAGCACAACUUCUGCGCCAGAGGAGACUACAACUGAGGAUCCUGACGAUAGCACCACUUUUGCUCCAGAGGAGACUACAACUGAGGAUCCUGACGAGAGCACAACUUCUGCGCCAGAGGAGACUACAACUGAGGAUCCUAACGAGAGCACAACUUCUCCAUCCGAGGAAUCUACCACAGGGGAACCUGAUGAGAGCACAACUUCUGCUCCAAACGAUACUACCACAGAGGAUCCUGACGAGAGCACCACUUCUGCUCCAGACGAAACUACCGCAGAGGAUCCUGACGAGAGCACCACUUCUGCGCCAGAGGAGACUACAACUGAGGAUCCUGACGAGAGCACAACUUCUGCGCCAGACGAAACUACCGCAGAGGAUCCUGACGCGAGCACCACUUCUGCUCCAGACGGAACUACCGCAGAGGAUCCUGACGAGAGCACAACUUCUGCGCCAGACGAAACUACCGCAGAGGAUCCUGACGAGAGCACCACUUCUGCGCCAGAGGAGACUACAACUGAGGAUCCUGACGAGAGCACAACUUCUGCGCCAGACGAAACUACCGCAGAGGAUCCUGACGAGAGCACAACUUCUGCGCCAGAGGAGACUACAACUGAGGAUCCUGACGAGAGCACAACUUCUCCAUCCGAGGAAUCUACCACAGGGGAUCCUGAUGAGAGCACAACUUCUGCUCCAAACGAUACUACCACAGAGGAUCCUGACGACAGCACAACAUCUGCGCCAGACGAAACUACCGCAGAGGAUCCUGACGACAGCACAACUUCUGCGCCAGAGGAGACUACAACUGAGGAUCCUGACGAGAGCACAACUUCUGCGCCAGACGAAACUACCGCAGAGGAUCCUGACGACAGCACCACUUCUGCGCCAGAGGAGACUACAACUGAGGAUCCUGACGAGAGCACAACUUCUGCGCCAGACGAAACUACCGCAGAGGAUCCUGACGAGAGCACCACUUCUGCUCCAGACGGAACUACCGCAGAGGAUCCUGACGAGAGCACAACUUCUGCGCCAGAGGAGACUACAACUGAGGAUCCUGACGAGAGCACAACUUCUGCGCCAGACGAAACUACCGCAGAGGAUCCUGACGCGAGCACCACUUCUGCUCCAGACGGAACUACCGCAGAGGAUCCUGACGAGAGCACAACUUCUGCGCCAGACGAAACUACCGCAGAGGAUCCUGACGAGAGCACCACUUCUGCGCCAGAGGAGACUACAACUGAGGAUCCUGACGAGAGCACAACUUCUGCGCCAGACGAAACUACCGCAGAGGAUCCUGACGAGAGCACAACUUCUGCGCCAGAGGAGACUACAACUGAGGAUCCUGACGAGAGCACCACUUCUGCGCCAGACGAAACUACCGCAGAGGAUCCUGACGAGAGCACCACUUCUGCGCCAGACGAAACUACCGCAGAGGAUCCUGACGAGAGCACAACUUCUGCGCCAGAGGAGACUACAACUGAGGAUCCUGACGAGAGCACCACUUCUGCGCCAGACGAAACUACCGCAGAGGAUCCUGACGAGAGCACAACUUCUGCGCCAGAGGAGACUACAACUGAGGAUCCUGACGAGAGCACAACUUCUGCGCCAGACGAAACUACCGCAGAGGAUCCUGACGAGAGCACCACUUCUGCUCCAGACGAAACUACCGCAGAGGAUCCUGACGAGAGCACCACUUCUGCUCCAGACGGAACUACCGCAGAGGAUCCUGAUGAGAGCACAACUUCUGCGCCAGAGGAGACUACAACUGAGGAUCCUGACGAGAGCACAACUUCUGCGCCAGACGAAACUACCGCAGAGGAUCCUGACGAGAGCACAACUUCUGCUCCAGACGAAACUACCGCAGAGGAUCCUGACGUGAGAACAACUUCUGCUCCAGACGAAACUACCGCAGAGGAUCCUGACGAGAGCACCACUUCUGCUCCAGACGGAACUACCGCAGAGGAUCCUGACGAGAGCACAACUUCUGCGCCAGAGGAGACUACAACUGAGGAUCCUGACGAGAGCACAACUUCUGCGCCAGACGAAACUACCGCAGAGGAUCCUGACGCGAGCACCACUUCUGCUCCAGACGGAACUACCGCAGAGGAUCCUGACGAGAGCACAACUUCUGCGCCAGAGGAGACUACAACUGAGGAUCCUGACGAGAGCACAACUUCUGCGCCAGACGAAACUACCGCAGAGGAUCCUGACGAGAGCACAACUUCUGCUCCAGAGGAGACUACAACUGAGGAUCCUGACGAGAGCACCACUUCUGCGCCAGACGAAACUACCGCAGAGGAUCCUGACGAGAGCACCACUUCUGCGCCAGACGAAACUACCGCAGAGGAUCCUGACGAGAGCACAACUUCUGCGCCAGAGGAGACUACAACUGAGGAUCCUGACGAGAGCACCACUUCUGCGCCAGACGAAACUACCGCAGAGGAUCCUGACGAGAGCACAACUUCUGCGCCAGAGGAGACUACAACUGAGGAUCCUGACGAGAGCACAACUUCUGCGCCAGACGAAACUACCGCAGAGGAUCCUGACGAGAGCACCACUUCUGCUCCAGACGAAACUACCGCAGAGGAUCCUGACGAGAGCACCACUUCUGCUCCAGACGGAACUACCGCAGAGGAUCCUGAUGAGAGCACAACUUCUGCGCCAGAGGAGACUACAACUGAGGAUCCUGACGAGAGCACAACUUCUGCGCCAGACGAAACUACCGCAGAGGAUCCUGACGAGAGCACAACUUCUGCUCCAGACGAAACUACCGCAGAGGAUCCUGACGUGAGAACGACUUCUGCUCCAGACGAAACUACCGCAGAGGAUCCUGACGAGAGCACCACUUCUGCUCCAGACGGAACUACCGCAGAGGAUCCUGAUGAGAGCACAACUUCUGCGCCAGAGGAGACUACAACUGAGGAUACUGACGAGAGCACAACUUCUGCGCCAGAGGAGACUACAACUGAGGAUCCUGACGAGAGCACAACUUCUGCGCCAGAGGAGACUACAACUGAGGAUCCUGACGAGAGCACAACUUCUGCGCCAGAGGAGACUACAACUGAGGAUACUGACGAGAGCACAACUUCUGCGCCAGACGAAACUACCGCAGAGGAUCCUGAUGAGAGCACAACUUCUGCGCCAGAGGAGACUACAACUGAGGAUCCUGACGAGAGCACAACUUCUGCGCCAGACGAAACUACCGCAGAUGAUCCUGACGAGAGCACCACUUCUGCUCCAGACGGAACUACCGCAGAGGAUCCUGACGAGAGCACAACUUCUGCGGCAGAGGAGACUACAACUGAGGAUCCUGACGAGAGCACAACUUCUGCGCCAGACGAGACUACAACUGAGGAUCCUGACGAGAGCACAACUUCUGCGCCAGACGAAACUACCGCAGAGGAUCCUGAUGAGAGCACAACUUCUGCGCCAGAGGAGACUACAACUGAGGAUCCUGACGAGAGCACAACUUCUGCGCCAGACGAAACUACCGCAGAGGAUCCUGACGAGAGCACCACUUCUGCUCCAGACGGAACUACCGCAGAGGAUCCUGACGAGAGCACAACUUCUGCGCCAGAGGAGACUACAACUGAGGAUCCUGACGAGAGCACAACUUCUGCGCCAGACGAAACUACCGCAGAUGAUCCUGACGAGAGCACCACUUCUGCUCCAGACGGAACUACCGCAGAGGAUCCUGACGAGAGCACAACUUCUGCGGCAGAGGAGACUACAACUGAGGAUCCUGACGAGAGCACAACUUCUGCGCCAGACGAAACUACCGCAGAGGAUCCUGACGAGAGCACAACUUCUGCGCCAGAGGAGACUACAACUGAGGAUCCUGACGAGAGCACAACUUCUGCGCCAGACGAAACUACCGCAGAGGAUCCUGACGAGAGCACCACUUCUGCUCCAGACGGAACUACCGCAGAGGAUCCUGACGAGAGCACAACUUCUGCGCCAGAGGAGACUACAACUGAGGAUCCUGACGAGAGCACAACUUCUGCGCCAGACGAAACUACCGCAGAGGAUCCUGACGAGAGCACCACUUCUGCUCCAGACGAAACUACCGCAGAGGAUCCUGACGAGAGCACAACUUCUGCGCCAGAGGAGACUACAACUGAGGAUCCUGACGAGAGCACAACUUCUGCGCCAGAGGAGACUACAACUGAGGAUCCUGACGAGAGCACAACUUCUGCGCCAGAGGAGACUACAACUGAGGAUCCUGACGAGAGCACAACUUCUGCGCCAGAGGAGACUACAACUGAGGAUCCUGACGAGAGCACCACUUCUGCGCCAGAGCAGACUUCAACCGAGGAUCCUGAAGAGAGCACAACUUCUGCUCCAGACGAAACUACCGCAGAGGAUCCUGACGAGAGCACAACUUCUGUUCCAGACGAAACUACCGCAGAGGAUCCUGACGAGAGCACAACUUCUGUUCCAGACGAAACUACCGCAGAGGAUCCUGACGAGAGCACAACUUCUGCGCCAGAGCAGACUUCAACCGAGGAUCCUGAAGAGAGCACAACUUCUGCUCCAGACGAAACUACCGCAGAGGAUCCUGACGAGAGCACAACUUCUGUUCCAGACGAAACUACCGCAGAGGAUCCUGACGAGAGCACAACUUCUGUUCCAGACGAAACUACCGCAGAGGAUCCUGACGAGAGCACAACUUCUGCGCCAGAGGAGACUACAACUGAGGAUCCUGACGAGAGAACAACUUCUUCGCCAGACGAAACUACCGCAGAGGAUCCUGACGAGAGAACUACUUCUGCUCCAGACGAAACUACCGCACAGGAUCCUGACGAGAGCACCACUUCGGCACCAGAGGAGAGUACCACCGAGGAUCCUGAUGAGAGCACAACUUCUGCGCCUGAAGAGACUACUACGGCAGCAUCGGAUUCAACAAAACCAGAGCAGAGCACCGCUUCUGCGCCAACGGAGACUACUACAUUAGCACCAUAUGAGAGUACAUCGUCAGCGCCAGAGGAGUCUUCUACAGCGGGACAGGAUUCUACAGAGCCGGGGCAGACCACUACUUUGGUGCCAGAGGAGUCUCCGACCACGCGAUCGACUAGUUCCUCUUCCGGUUCCGAAACCACGUCCAUACCCGAUACGUCGACUUCCUCACUACCACCGCUGUCGUGUAGUAGCGGGUAUCCUUACCUGCCGUACCCAUCCGAUUGUCGCAAGUUUAUCCAGUGCAGUGGGAAUGUCGAGUACAUAAAGGAGUGUCCACCUACACUCUAUUGGGACUAUAAAAAUCUCGUCUGUGUCCCAGAUAGCAGCGGGUGUUAUGGCGAUGAAGGAAUCCACGAGAAGCCCGCGGAAAAUGUGUGUAGCGGGGGAGCAUCAUAUGUACCUGAUCCAAGCGACUGCACAAAGUUCGUCCAAUGCAGCAAUGGCCAGCCAUUCUAUCUACAAUGUUCUCCGAACCUGUACUGGGAUCCCAUACUCAAUGUCUGCGGCUGGUCGGAUGAAUACUGUCAUAAGGAUAAACUUAUCGAUGUAAAGGUCUGUGAUGCGCCAGGCAUGAAAUAUGACCAGUUCCCAGGCGAUUGUUCGAGGUACAUUAAGUGUUCUGAAUCGGGAGGAAUCCUGAUGAGCUGUAAUCUUGGACUAUUCUGGAAUCCCAUUGAAAACGUCUGCGAAAAGUCGAAGAGGUUCUGCAAUUGAAUGAAUUGAAGAACUGCAGAAAAGGUGGAUGCUGAUGAAAUUGUUGUUCUUUGUAAUAUUUAGUAAAAUAUUAAUUUAAUAAAUUAUAAUCUUGACAUA